GGCAUAGCUGGCAUUUAACAGUCUUCAUAUUUGACUCUUGAAAACUUUUAUAGUACUCUCGGAAUACUAAGAACCAUGCAAUAAUUGGAUUUUUAAAAAGAAAGACCAGAUGACUGUUACAUGAAUUUAGAACUCGAACUGCAGGAUAGUGAAGGACAUAGUGAGUUAGUUGUCCAGUAUAUAUAUGUCUCUCAGUUCAAGAGUCGAUAAACCGAAAAUGGAAUCCGAUAACUCUAACAUGAUUCGUGUAAAAAUCAUCAAGAAAAUUGACACAGGUCUUGGGUUUUUGAUCCAGCCUAGAUCCGAAAAACCACACGUGGUUAUUUCUGCAAUCGUUUCAGGAGGAAUGGCUGAAAAAUGUGGGUUGAUACGUAUAGGUGACGUCAUAGUACGUGUAAAUGAAAUGGACUUAAGUGAUAUGGUGUAUGAAAAAUGUGUCGAUUUACUCAAAUCUUUACCACAAGAGACACCGGUAUCUUUGUUACUAAAGGGACCUGAUGGAUAUACAUCAUACUUACACACUACUUUUCUAGAAAACGGAACUCCACACACUACAAGAAUUACAAAACCUGUAGCAAAUAAUGAAUCAUUCGUCUCUCGUCUGCGGAGAACGUUCGGAAGAUCUCAGUCUCCUUCAGGUCGAACACCCUUAAGACAAAGUCGCAGCGGCAAUAUUAGUCCAAAACGGAAUAAACAAAAACAAGAAAAAGAAAAGAUUGACACUGAUCAAAUGGAUCAAACUUGUUUUGUAUGUCCGAUGAAUCAUAGUACUACUUCAAAAGUUCAGAACGACGCAGAAUCUCAAACAGACGGGGAAAAUGCAAAACAAGUAAUACCUUCCGUAACCGCCAAUGGUGGCCCACUUGUCAUUGUACGGGAAUCAAAGAAGACGGUGAACAACAACUCGUUAAAAAACAUAAAUAAUUCACAAAUAAAUGAUGAAGUUGACACCAUUGAUAAUAAUACAGUUAAAAACCAUUCUACAGAUAGUCAGUUAAAUGUAAUUCCGAAUGGCAGGGUUAAUGGAGCAGAGAAUCUCGAAGAGAGACGAGACUCUAAAGGAAUAAUAGUUAGUCCAUCGAUGCAGAGAAAAGAAGGCAUGGCGCAUAAUUCACCAGCUCAACAAAAGCGAUAUGUUAAACUGAGAAAUAUUGCUGAUAGCAAACUUGUCUUUACAGAUACUCUUCAUUCGAAGGCAAUAGAGAAUGUUCCCUGCGCUCACAAUAGGUGUUUGGGGUCACUCAUGGGUACGAGUGUGCCUGGUAGAGCCCAAGGUACAGUUAGACCAAAAGAGGAGAUGUUGGUUCAUGCGAAGGACUUCUUUGACCAAUAUUUUACGAGUAUCAAACGGCAAAAUACCCCUGCUCAUCAAACGAGGUUGAGUGAAGUUUACAGCUCCAUUGAGAAGACUGGGAAAUACGAGCUGACGACGAGUGAGCUGACGUAUGGAGCAAAACUAGCAUGGAGAAAUGCAGCAAGAUGUAUAGGCAGAAUACAGUGGUCCAAGCUGCAGGUGUUUGAUGCCAGACAUAUAACGACUGCACGAGGAAUGUUCGAGGCUAUAUGCAACCACAUAAAGUAUGCAACAAACAAAGGAAAUAUCAGAUCAGCAAUAACUGUUUUCCCACCUCGAACUGAUUCUAGGCAUGACUUCCGGGUAUGGAACACACAGCUUAUUAUGUAUGCUGGCUACAAACAGCCGGACGGAUCGGUCAUUGGUGAUCCAGCAUCUAUAGAUUUUACCAAUGUUGUCAUAAAGAUGGGUUGGAAACCUAAAUUUGGAAUGUUCGAUGUCUUGCCACUAAUUCUACAAGCCAAUGGUAUGGACCCAGAAAUGUUUGAGGUUCCAGCGGAGUUAAUUUUUGAAGUUCCAAUAAAGCAUCCAAAGUUUCCUAGUUUUGCUGAGUUAGGACUGAAGUGGUUUGCCUUACCUGCAGUGUCUGCUAUGUUGUUUGACUGUGGUGGACUGGAAUUUACAGCCUGUCCUUUUAAUGGAUGGUAUAUGGGUACUGAAAUAGCUUCUAGAGACUUUCUAGAUGCACAGAGAUAUAAUCUUAUAGAGAAAAUUGCAGAAAAAUUAGGACUUGACACGAGGAAGAAUUCUUCGCUAUGGCGUGACAGAGUUUGUGUGGAAACAAAUAUUGCAGUCCUACAUAGCUAUCAGGUUGUAGGAGCUACAAUAAUGGACCAUCACGCAGCGUCAGAGUCCUUCAUGAAGUUUAUGGAGAAUGAGAUGAAACAGAGAGGUGGGUGUCCUGCUGAUUGGGUUUGGGUGGUUCCUCCUCUCAGUAGCAGCAUCACUCCAGUUUUCCAUCAAGAAAUGUUGCUGUAUAAACUGAAACCGUCUUAUGAAUAUCAGGAUGAAGUUUUUAGAACCUAUGUAUGGAAGAAAGAUAGAGAAAAGGGGAAAACUGUAGAAAAGAGAAGACGAAAGUUUGGGUUUAAGGAAUUGGCUAGAGCUGUUAAGUUUAGCGCUAAACUGAUGGUAAAAGCACUGUCUAAUCGUGUAAAAUGUACAAUUUUGUAUGCAACAGAGACUGGGAAAUCAGAAAGAUUUGCAAAGACACUUUGUGAAAUAUUUAAGCAUGCGUUUGACGCAAAGGUAGUUGAUAUGGCGGAGUAUGAUGCUAUACAUCUAGAACAUGAAGCUUUAGUUCUAUUUAUUACCAGCACAUUCGGAAAUGGUGAUCCACCGGAAAACGGAGAGGCAUUUGCCAAGAACCUUCAUGACUUGAACGACGUUAAGAGUACAAAAAAUGGAGAAGGAUUAUCUACUCAGUACUUCAGAAUGAGCACAAAAAGUGAAUCAGAAGAUAAUCAACACGUGGAAGACAAAAUACUAGAAGAAGUGGGUCCUCUUAGCAAUGUUCGAUUCUCAGUGUUUGGAUUGGGUUCUCGUGCAUACCCUAAUUUCUGUGCCUUUGCUCACUACAUCGAUAAUAUGAUGAAUGCACUUGGCAGCGAGAGAAUAUAUAAAAUGGGAGAGGGAGAUGAACUCUGUGGUCAAGAAGAAACAUUCCGACAGUGGGCAAAACUUGUUUUUAAGGCUGCUUGUGACACUUUCUGUGUGGGUGAUGAAAAUAGUAUACAAGAGGCAACUGGUGCACUGUCCAAGACCGAUUUCACAUGGUCACCAGAAAAGUUUAGAUUGACACCAUCUACAAACGAAACACCAUUAUCGUUGUGUGAAGCUUUAAGUAAAAUGCACAGUAAAAACGUGUUAUCAUGCAGUUUGUCAAACCGUAUCCAACUACAAGAUCCACAAUCAGAACGACAAACUUAUCUUGCAAACAUUGAUCUCGAAGGAAACUCAGACGAUAUGAAUUACAGUCCCGGUGACCACGUGGCUAUUUUCCCUUUAAAUUCCUCGGAGUUAGUAGAUGGUAUUAUUACUCGUCUACACAAUGCACCACCGCCUGAUCAACUAGUCAAAUUGGAAGUUAUUCAGGAACUUACAACUCCAAUGGGCACACAAAAGUCUUGGAAACAGUUUGAGAAAAUCCCUACAGCCACGAUGAAGACAAUGUUCUCACGAUUCCUAGAUAUAACAACACCUCCAUCACAAGAACUAUUGAAACAACUAGUAUCUCAAGCAACACGAGAUAAUGACAAAAUUAAAAUUGAAAACUUAGCAAAUGACAUUCAUGAGUAUGAAGAUUGGAGAUACGAAAAGAUGCCUAACGUGUUAGAAGUUUUAGAAGAGUUCCCAUCCCUGAAAAUCAAUCCCUCACUUUUAAUAUCUCAGCUACCAUUAUUACAACAAAGAUUUUAUAGUAUAAGCUCAUCGCAAAAAUCAUCCCCGGGAGAAGUACACGCUACCAUAGGUGUUUUAAAAUAUAACACAAUGGAUGGUGCUGGUGCACUUCAUUAUGGGGUUUGCUCAAGUUGGCUGAAUACCUGUGAUAUUGGUGAAGAAAUACCGUGUGCAAUGAGAAUGGCACCAUUAUUCCAUUUACCAGACGAUGCAACACUCCCUAUUAUAAUGGUAGGACCUGGAACUGGAAUUGCUCCAUUUAGAAGUUUCUGGCAUCAGCGUAAAAUAGACAAGAAUAUGUUACCCGUGCCGAAACAUGGCGACAAGAUUGGUUGGGGAGAAAUGUACCUGUAUUUUGGAUGUAGAAAAUCGGCUGUUGACUAUAUAUAUAAAGACGAAUUAGACAGCUGUUUACAAGAUGAUGUUUUGACAAAAGUUUACACUGCGUUUUCACGAGAGCCAGGACAACCAAAGACGUAUGUACAAGAUAUGAUAAAGAAAAAUGGUCAAGAGGUGUUCGAUGCAGUGUUUAAAAAUGGUGGUCAUUUUUAUGUCUGUGGUGAUGUACAAAUGGCUUCUGAUGUCACUGAAACACUAUGCAAAAUUAUCCAAGAAAAAGGGAAAAUGUCCAAAGAGCAAGCUCAAUCGUAUAUGCUGAAAUUAAAGGAAGCAAACAGAUUCCACGAAGACAUAUUUGGUGUCUCUGCAAAACAGGAAUUUACAGACAAAGUCAGAGAUCAGGCAAAACGUGCAUGGAAAUAUAUUAAUGCUACCAAACCUGCUAACAAUAAUAAAGAAGUCGCUAUGCCAAUUCCACCACCGGAGAAACGCUUACCACGUGGAAAUCCUAAACCUCCAAUGAAAGUGAGAACUAAAGUGAUGAGUGUAGACUCUGAAGAUGAUAUGUGGACCAUUCCAGAAAAUUAACUUUGUUGCUCCUGUUGAAACUUUUACAUGUUGUUGUAUUUUUUUACAUUGCCAUUAGUAUUAAGUUAUCUGUUGUAUGUUCAUUGUUAUUUUUAUUACUUAAAACAUUUUCACAUUAAGGCAAUCAUAAACUUAUUCAAUCGGUCAAAGUGCAUACAAAGAUAUACUUUGAUUUUUAAGAAAAUAAUAAGUAUUGAAAUUAAAAUUGAAAAUCAUUGGAGAAAGGACAAACUAGAAAUAUUUCUCUAAAAAAAUCUCGGCGAUAUACAUUUAAACCACUUGGACAAUUGUCUUGAUCACACAAAUGUCUUACAAAUAUUUUAUCGAUAUCCAAUAAAAUAAUCAUCAUACAAAAAGGGAAUUUGUCUAAUGCAUGUUGUAUUUUUGACUGAUGUUAAGCAAGUCAUACAUGAUAAGAUUUGCUCAAGUGCUGUUCACUGAUAAUUCAAUUAAGUAUGUUCACAUAAUUUUGAAAACUUAAAAAUAUUACAUCUCUUAUCUUUGCUAUAUCCUACCACUUCCCUAACCAGACCCCUGUUGUAGCCGAACAGUGCCCCUAAUCAGACCUUUAGUAAAGCCAAGCAUUGCCCUCCAUCGGACCUCAUCUUCAUCCCGCUACUGCCCUCAUCAAUCAGAAUAUAAAUAGCAUCAAAAGAAAAACAUUUUUUUAUCUUUGGAGUUCUGUAAUAAAAUUCACUGCAAUAGGCAUACAUUAAACAUAUUUUUUUAAUAUUGUGAUUUAGUUGUUGAGAUGUAACUGUAUAUUUUUUACCAAAUUAACUGUUAGUGCUGAAACGUUGUUAUUGUGUUAUUUUUUCCAUAUAAAGUGUAUUAAUCAUACCUAAUUUAAAGGUAUGCACAAAAUGUAUAACAAUUGAUUUUAAGUCCUGUAUGCAUUUAAUAGGUUUGGGACAAUUUGAUAAACCUCAAAUUAAUUUCAAAUAUUCUUAUUACUAUUUCCAGCGAUAAAUACAGUUUUUAUGUAUUUUUUAUUAAUUUAUUACUGAAAAAAGGUUCUACCGCUUUGUCCUGUUGACAACGAUAUUCGGAUAUUUUUCUACUCUCGAAAAUAAAUUUUAAUGAAUGUUUUAAAUAUUUUGAGUGGAUAUAUAAUGUAAUUAAUCUGGUGGAGCGGUAAAAUCUAUAGAUACAUAUCUAUAUUAAAAUCUACAUAACGCUUUCAUUAAAAAAUAAUGUUUAUUCAUAUUCCAAAUAUAGAAUUACGUUUCACACUUUGAUUCAAAAAAUCUAUCAGUAGUUUUGUAGCAAUGCUUAUCAAAUUGGUUCACAAGCAACUACAAAUAUAAAAGAAAGCAUUCGAACUGAAGAAACAAUAAAAAGGAAUGUCCGAUUUGAAUUUUCCUUGGAAAUCCGUAUGUUUGUUGUAUAAGUUACUGUUAAGGUUUCACCUCUGAAUAAAAUACAGUUAAAUAUACAAUUUUUUUUAUAUAUUUGAACUAAUAUACAAAACACCCAAAUGUCACUCUAAUUAGGGGUAUAAGAGACUAUAUUUAAAAUCCUUAUAUAUAAUUUACAAAACUUAUAAUUAGAAUGUGAAGUACAUCUUCAUUCAAUUAAAAUGUCGUUGAAGAAUCUGGUAGUAUAACAGUAAAUAUUCUUGUUAGAAAAUUCAAACAUAUUAUGGUCUUCAGACAAAUGCGUAAAAUUGUCAUUAUCAACUGUUUUAAUCAUUUAUAACCUUUAACCAACUUUAAAAAUAGUUCUUCAUUUCAUUGGUUAUGUUCAUGUAUUUCAUCAGAUAUUCGUCUCCUAUACCAUUGUAGACAUCCAACGUUAAUCAUCCCCUUUAAAAUUUGUAUCCUCAUUAUAAUGUGUAUACAAUCAAGAAUUGAUUAUUUUUUUCGCAUCAUAUCAUUUAAUAUUCAAGUACUCAUCAAUAUUAAUAGCCUUGCAAUUUGAUGUAAUAAAUAUUAGUGCAAUACUAUUUUGAAAAGCAAAUAUUUGUGAUUUUAUAAUUUUCAAUAAUAUUUUUUUCUAUUUAUGGAAGAGACAAACUAUAAAAGUUUACCUGCUUCCUUGUAUACUUUAAAAUGAAAUAUAGAUUAGUUUUAUGUAACAGAUGAUGAUUACAGAGACAUUGUAAACGCCUGUUCUUUAAUCUGUAAAUUUCCUUCCGCUUACUAGUCAAUAAGUAAAAUAUAGCAAUCAUCAAAGUUAAGGAUGUUCACUACUUUGUUAAAAAAUAACAAGCUUUUUAAAAGACUAUUAUAAAUUGAUAGUAUAUAAAUAAAGUAAGUAAUAAAGUUAAAAAAAUGCAGGGUCCGUGUGCUCGUUUUUGAGACAUAAGUCAUUGCAAAUUUGGCGGGAAAUAAUUAUUUCUAGAUUUUUUGUAUAUUUGACACUGGCACCUUAUUCGUUUCAAAAACUAUGAAAAAAUAACAAGAAUUUUAUAAAAUUUUGAAAUAUGGCUUCUUAAACUUUAUGUUAUAUUAUUAUGAAAAGAAAAGUAGGGGUUAGUGGGCAAUGUUUUUUUUAAUGACAAUACAUGAAUAAAACCAGAGGAUUCCGAAUAUCUUGCAAAAAAUCAAUUAAUGGAGGAGCAAACAUCCUUAAAACAAAAUAGUUUCUGCAAGGACUAUUUGUAACUGUAUCAUAUUCCAUUAGUCAGCAUACCUAUCCAAUACAAUUGGUGAGACCAUGAUUAAAGAAAUAUUGACUUCCAGUACAGAACCAAGAAAUAAAGUAUCAUAUGUAAACUGUGCAGUAUCUGUACUUUGAAUUUUGGUUUGAAUUUUUAAGUAACUUUGUCUUUUAAGUAGACUUUUUUUUCUGCUUCUAGUGGUAUAUUUUCUGCAAUAAAAUUUCUUUAAACCA